AUGUCAGACGUCACCGCUCUCAUUGCUAGAGCCGAUAAAAAGAUGACCUCCUCCGGAGGCAUGUUCUCAUUCAUGAGCGGCGGCUCCUCGACCCGAUUCGAAGAAGCAGCAGACCUCUACACCGAGGCCGCAAACCAGUACAAGUUACAGCGUAACGGAAAGCUUGCUGGAGAGUGCUUUGAGAAGGCUGCUGACGCACAACUACAGUCCGAGAGCAAGGACGAGGCCGCCAACUCGCUGCUCGAGGCUUACAAAUCAUACCGGUCCAACUCACCCCAGGAGGCCGCCAAGUGUCUGGAGAAGGCCAUUCAGUUCUUCACUACACGUGGUCAGUUCCGACGAGGUGCCAAUUACAAGAUGGAGCUGGGAGAGCUGUACGAGAAGGAGCUGGAGGACAUUCCCAAGGCCAUGGAGGCCUACACAGAUGCCGGAGACUGGUUUUCCGAGGACCGAGCAGAGACUCUAUCUUCCAAGGCAUACCUCAAGGUGGCGGAACUGUCUGCCGAGAACGACGAUCUGUUCAAGGCCAUUGAAAUGUUCGAGAUGGUUGCCCGACGAAACCUCAAUUCCAACAUCAUGAAGUGGUCGCUCAAGGAGUAUUUGUUCAAGGCUGGCCUGUGUCGAAUUGCUGCGGAUCCUGUUGCUUGUGGGGGCCCCAUCAACGCUUACCUGGAGUGGGAUCCUGCCUUUGGCCAGUCCCGAGAGUAUGGUCUGCUGGUGGAUAUUUGUGAGGCUGUCAGCAACCAGAACCCCCAGCUGUUUGCUGAUAAGGUGUACGACUUUGACCAAUUCAGCAAGCUCGACAAAUGGAAGACCAACCUGCUGCUCAAGAUCAAGAACGCCAUUACCGAGCAGGAGGACGAUGAGGGACUGUUGUAG